AUGGAAACCAAGUACGCCAUCUGCACCGCAGUUCUCAGCCGACGGUGGGAAGGUCUUUGGACUAGGGUUUCCAGUCUCGACUUCGACUUCGACGGCCGCUUGGUUUACAUGUCUGUGGCCAAAACGCAGAAACUAGAACCUGCUUCAGAUGUUCGAAAGAGGGGAGAUUUGGAAUUCUGCCGCUUCGUCGACAAGGUACUGGGCCAGCACGAGAAUCUCUAUUCUCUUAGACGUUUCCGCUUCCAUUUUCCUGUGCAUGAUAGUUACCUGUACAAGUGCCGAAUGGGGCUUUCUGAAACUAGGUUUAGGUUUAAGUGGGAAUCGGUAUUUGUUCCUCCGAUUGAGGAGAUUGAUGUGAUGGUCAUGGGGGAAACCGAAUGCGGAAUUCCCCAUUGUAUGCACCGCAUUCCACUGAGUUUCUACACUUUGAAGAAUCUGAAAGUUGCCAAGCUUUAUGGGGUUGGACUGGGUGCAAUAGACGAGUCCGUUUUUCUUCCUAGUGUGAAGAUUUUGCAGCUUUGUAGUGUGAAAUUUGAGAACUUCAAGUCAUUGGGCAGGCUCCUUUCUGGUUGCCCUGUUGUAGAGACUGUUCAUCUGAAGAAUUGGCUCCACUCUAACUACAAGGAGAAAGAUAGAAUCGAGGUUUCCUUACCAUGCUUGAAAAACCUGAAGAUUUUCUGUUUUGGCUAUUGGAGAUAUCCGAUGCAUCCCAUUGUUAUUGAAGCGCCAAAUCUGGAGGAUCUUUAUCUUGAGCAAUUUGCAGAUGUACAGUUUGAGGAGAGUAUUCCAUUGUUAUGCCUUCAUUCAGCGCAUGUUGAUCUACGCGAGGAGUCCCCAAGCUAUGUCAUUCGGCUCCUCGCUCAAAUCUCCAAUGCCAAGAGGAUGAGCUUAUCCGGGGCAACACUGGUAAUAGGGGUCUCGUUUUUCUUCCCAUUUAUCUAA